UCUCUGGUUUUGUUUUUCUCUAAUUACAUUAAUUGUUCAGGUUAAUUGUUUGCCCUAAAAAUUAAACUCUUGUUUUUUUUAUUGUUUCCAAAAUUUCCACAAUCUAAUCCUUACUUUCUAUUUGAUUAAUCAUUUUCUUUUCCUUUCUGUUUGUUUGAAUCAUUUAUUUUCUUAAUAGUCAACAUGACCGAUGCCAAGUAUUUUGCCAAUACUAAAAGAGGUGAACUCUUUGAGUUGAAAGGUGAAUUAAAUAGUGAUAAAAAAGAGAAAAGAAGGGAAGCUGUUAAAAAGGUCAUCGCCUCAAUGACAGUUGGUAAAGAUGUUUCUUCUCUUUUUCCUGAUGUGGUCAACUGUAUGCAAACAGAUAAUUUGGAACUUAAAAAGCUGGUUUAUCUUUACCUUAUGAAUUAUGCGAAAAGUCAACCAGACAUGGCGAUCAUGGCGGUUAACACUUUCGUCCGAGAUUGUGACGAUCCUAAUCCAUUGAUUAGAGCAUUGGCUGUUAGAACAAUGGGGUGUAUUCGAGUUGACAAAAUAACCGAAUAUCUAACUGAACCUUUGAGAAAAUGUUUACGAGAUGAAGAUCCUUAUGUAAGGAAAACUGCGGCUGUUUGUGUGGCCAAGCUUCAUGAUAUCAAUUCAUCAAUGGUUGAAGAACAAGGAUUUCUUGAUCUUUUGAGAGAACUUCUUUCCGAUUCUAAUCCUAUGGUGGUUGCUAAUGCUGUUGCUGCUCUUUCCGAGAUCAAUGAAGCUUCAAGCACCGGUCAACCAUUGGUUGAAUUUAAUGCCCAAACGAUCAACAAACUACUCACAGCUCUUAAUGAAUGCACUGAAUGGGGCCAGGUAUUUAUUUUAGAUGCACUAGCCAACUAUACAACCAAAGAUGAUCGGGAAGCACAAAGUAUUUGUGAACGUGUUACUCCCAGAUUGGCUCAUGCUAAUGCUGCCGUGGUUCUUAGUGCAGUAAAGGUGCUGAUGAAAUUCAUGGAACGAAUGAAUGAUGUUGAAUUUGUUACAACACUAACGAAAAAAUUGGCUCCUCCAUUGGUAACCCUUUUAUCCAGUGAACCUGAAGUUCAAUAUGUUGCUCUUAGAAAUAUCAACCUGAUUGUGCAAAAAAGACCCGAUAUUCUGAAACAUGAGAUGAAGGUUUUCUUCGUUAAAUAUAAUGACCCAAUCUACGUGAAAUUGGAAAAAUUGGACAUUAUGAUUCGAUUAGCAUCUCAAGCAAAUAUCACCCAAGUAUUGGCUGAAUUGAAAGAAUAUGCAACUGAGGUUGAUGUUGAUUUUGUUCGUAAAGCUGUAAGAGCAAUUGGUCGAUGUGCUAUCAAAGUCGAACAAUCUGCCGAGAGGUGUGUUGCCACUUUGUUGGAUCUGAUACAAACUAAAGUUAAUUACGUUGUACAAGAGGCAAUUGUGGUGAUCAAAGAUAUUUUCAGAAAAUAUCCCAAUAAAUAUGAGAGUAUCAUUUCUACUCUGUGUGAAAAUCUUGACACUCUCGAUGAACCUGAAGCUCGAGCUUCCAUGAUUUGGAUUAUCGGUGAAUACGCUGAACGUAUUGAUAAUGCCGAUGAAUUGUUAGAAAAUUUCCUUGAAGGUUUUCAUGAUGAGAACGCCCAAGUUCAAUUACAAUUACUGACAGCUAUUGUGAAACUUUUCCUGAAAAGACCUACAGAAACUCAGGAUGUGGUUCAAUCAGUUCUUAGCUUGGCUACUUUGGACAGUGACAAUCCUGACCUUCGUGAUCGUGGAUAUAUUUACUGGCGAUUACUGUCCACUGAUCCAGCAGCUGCGAAAGAAGUUGUUCUUGCAGAGAAACCUUUAAUUUCAGAGGAAACUGAUCUUCUAGAACCAACCCUGUUGGAUGAAUUGAUCUGUCACAUUGGAAGUUUAGCUUCAGUUUACCAUAAACCACCUUCAGCUUUUGUCGAAGGUAAAACUGGUUUAAGGAAAAGCUUAAAUCCUCGAUCAGGAUCAGGUGAUGAUGGAACAUCAACUGCAGUUACCAAUGAUCCACAACAACCCACCGUAAUUCCAGCUCAAGAAAGUCUAAUUGGUGAUCUAUUAAGUCUUGAGCUUAAUCCUCCCUCGGUUCAACCAACAUACGCCACAUCACCUAUCAACAGUUACUCUAAUGUUGAUAUUCUUGGAGGUGGAUUGGAUACUCUAUUGGGCGGUAAUGAUAUCUCUCAACCUGCUCCUCCCGUUUCAACCACGACAUUCCCACCAACCUCAUCAGCACCCAUUCCAUCAGUAGUACCAGUAUCUUCAACUUCUGGACUUCUCGGUGACAUUUUCGGCAUUCCAGUUGCUAGUACCUUCUUUACCCCACCUAAGCAGACUUGGCUCUCUGCUACAGAUGGAAAAGGAUUGGAAAUCUCUGGUACUUUUACCCGCCGUAAUGGUGCAAUAACCAUGGAAAUGACUUUUACUAAUAGGGCAAUGCAAGGGAUGACCGGAUUUGCUGUCCAAUUUAACAAGAACAGCUUUGGACUGGCCCCUGGUCAACCAUUGACAAUCCAAACUCCUCUUCCACCCAAUGUAUCAGCUGAUGUGAGUCUACCACUGACCACCAUGGGACCCAUUCAAAAGAUGAAUCCACUGACUAAUCUACAAGUUGCUGUUAAAAAUAAUGUGGGAAUAUUUUACUUUAGCACCAUUGUCCCUCUCCAUGUUUACUGCGGCGAAGAUGGUAGCAUGGAUAAACGUGUUUUCCUCUCUACAUGGCAAGAAAUUCCACCUCAAAAUGAACUUAAAUUUCCAAUUAACGGUGUUAACUUAGAUGCUGAUUCAGUUUCAUCUAAAUUACAAUCGAAUAAUAUUUUCACCGUAGCUAAACGUAAUGUUGAAGGUAACGACAUGUUAUACCAAUCAUGUAAACUGAGCAAUGGAAUGUGGAUUCUUGCUGAACUCAAAAUUCAACCAGGUAGUCCUGACAUGCAAUUGUCAGUUAAAUCUCGAGUCACCGAAAUUGCAUCCAGUGUACAUCAAAUGUAUGAAAUUUUACUCUUAAAUUAACUAAUCAUAAUUGGAAGGAGAGAACCAACAAAAAAUGGAUAAAAUUAUUGACACAAAAAAAAUAUCUCAUGUUUGGAAUUAACUGAAAAGAAAAAUAUUAAUUAAUAGUUAAUCGUUUUGUUGAAAAAUUCGCAUAUCUAUUACAAGACAAACGAAAAAAAAUAUACACAAUUUAAUCAAAUAACUUUAACAAUUAAAACAAAGUCAAAUGAAAGGAGAAAUCAUAAUUUAAACAAAAAAAAAUCAAUUCAAAGAUACAAUGUAAAUUCAUUUCAACUUAAAUUUUAAUUGUAGUUGUUUAAAUUAACUUUUUUUUUCUCAGAAAAUGAAAUCUAUCAAGUGUGAUGUCUUUUUAAUUAAUCACUUUCCAAUUAAAUUUUCUGAUUGACACAA